CAUAGCCUAAUCAUAGCAGACUAAAUUCAUUCUAGAUCUAGAUCUAGAUCUAUGUCUAAUACUACAGCAAACCUACUUAGGCCCUAAUCUUAAUUAAAAUAAAACUACUAGACUAAAUUAAAUUAUGGGGAAGUUAAAAAUCUUUGAGAUAUCCUUUGGUAAUGGAAGCGGUGUGUACUUUCCUGGCAAUGCUGUGGAUGGUCAUGUUACCAUAGAACUUAAAAAAUCAAUGAAAAUGAGAGGGUUAAGAUUGAAAUUUGAAGGCAAAGCGCAUGUUUAUUGGAGUGAAGAAAGUGGAACAGGAGAUGAUAAGAAAACCUACUAUUAUUCUGCUACUGAAAAAUAUUUUGAUCAGGAAGUUCUCCUUUUUGGCAUAUGGCCUAAUCAAGGCAGUGAAGCAAAGGAACUACCAUCAGGCAGACACACCUUCCCUUUUCAGUUCAUCCUACCACUUGGACUGCCCUCAUCAUAUGAAGCAGGGAUUGGUUAUGUUAGAUACAUUGUGACCUGUAACAUUGACAGGCCAUGGAAAUUUGACCCCAAGACUAAGAGACCAUUUACCAUUAUCGCACUGCUGGAUUUAAACCAGCAACCCAACUGCAUGCAACCUUUACAAGCUACAAGUAAGAAGCAUUUGUGUUGCCUAUGCUGUAAGUCUGGACCUAUCGAAGCCACCUUCAAAAUAGAAAGACAAGGCUUUGUGCCAGGGGAGGCAAUUAAACUGUUUGCUGAAAUAAGCAAUGGCUCUAAUAGAAAGAUGAGCAAAUCAUAUGUCGAUCUAAAAAUGAUAUCGACAUUUCGUGCAACUAAUAAGACCAAAAUUGUUGUGAGAAACGUAGCUAGGGUGACACGCCCACCCAUAGAAAAACAAAGCGAGGACACUUGGUCUGGAGAAGAGCUAGUUAUCCCGCCACUGCCCCCUUCAUUUUUAGCGGGUUGUAACAUUAUUGAUGUCCGCUAUGUGCUACAGCUGAAUGUUGAUCCAUCAGGACUUGGCCUAGACCUAGAAGUCCCCUUUGAGAUUAUCAUUGGCAGCGUUCCCCUAAUGUCAGUGGUGCAGAUGUUCCCUCCCAUGUUACCCCCACCACAGAUAAUGGACAGGAUGUAUGCCUGGGGCACAGUCCCUUCAGCCCCAGCCACUGAAGAUCUAUACCCAUACCCACCACCCAGUGGUAUUCCUAACUUGCCCCCUCCUUCAUACAAUGAAUGUAUCACUGGCCGCUACAAUAUCACAGAAGAAGGAGAUGAUGAACACACAACAGGAAAGCUUGAAUACACCCCAGUCUAUCCCUACUACAAUUGGGGGCACACACCAGGAGCAUUGCCAGACGGAGGUGCAUAAGGCUUGGACUAGAAAACAUCAGCCAUUUAUUCCAUUUCUUUCCCAUAAUAAUCCUGUCUUUUUCAAUGUGAUCCUUGAUAUUUUUUCCAUGAUAUUCUUUGUCUUGUAAUACUCGUUGCUGGUUUCCUCAAUGUAUAGUCUAUCCAUCUCCAUUGUACUUUUAGAAUUUCUUGCUCUACUAGGAUUUCUCCUGUAUUUUCCCAUACUGCUGUGUAAGUACGUUGUCCAAUUUAUAUUUUCUAUUCAACAUAGCAGCUUUUUAAAGAGACUACUGUCAUUUCCUCCUUUUUUUAGUUCCAGUCUUCACACUAUACACUAAAGCAGAUUUUACACUUUAAUUAAUAAUUCAAAAGUUGGUCUUAUUCGCUAUUUCUUUCAAGCUCCAUAUAUUUUUAAGAGCUGCAAAAGCUCCUCUUUCCUUCUGAUAGUGAUAUUUUGCCUUGAAGUAAGCUCUUGAGCCCCCAUCGUUACCAGCUCUGCCUCUUAGAUAUUUACAUUUUUCUACUUCUCCCAGCGGUCAGAAGAAGUUAACAGCUUUAAUCUUUUCCACUACCUAUAAAUAACAUAAAUGUGUAUGUUCUCUCUACGAUGUCUUACAUUUAUUGUUAGACUUAUUUAUUAUACAUAAAACUAAAAAUUCAUACAUUAUAAAAAAUUAAGUGCAUACAUUUAAAACAAAUUCAGAAUUACAGGCAUAGCUUUUAAUAAUGUAAGUCUGUACAGUCAAGAAAAACAGCUACCCAACUACAUGGAAGAAAUAUGUCAAACUCUUCCUCUACUUUUUCCAGUUUAUAAAGUUCAUUGUUGACCUGCUGUAAUAAAACUUCCAUUAAGUAAUUUAUCAGGUUCACAUUAACCCUAAACAACAACUAAUCCAGGAGGGUUUGGCAAAUUGCUGUAUUGUUAUCCAUGUCACACUAUUGUCACACUUGUUUUUACCACAUCUCUAAAGAGAAUGUAAAUGAUAUUAUAGUGAAUCUGGGGAUAAGCAUAGGUCGUAUUGAAACUGUGAUACAUCACAUUAUUUUUUACCUUUUUAUAGUGUUUUAUACUUAAUGUAACUCAAUGUUAUGUAAUGUAUUUAUAUGCUUGUUUUUUUAUUUGAGCUGUGAAAUGUACAUAUAUAAGAGUUUUAGAAGAUUUUAUACCCAACGACAUACAUUGACUCUUCCACCUUUUCUUGCAGUUUUUGAAGUUGAUGUUGAAAAAAAUAUUUAAGUUACAGGAAUUAUAUCACUGAUAAAUGUGUGGCUUGUCUAGCUAUGUUUGCUAAUAGCUUUAAUUCUUAUCUACACCAUACUUAUUUUCAUACUAAAACUUUUUAACUAAAUCUAUCACAUUGUAUUUAUUUAUUUAUCAUACCCUAGAGUAUAAACAUCAUUUGAUACCUGCUGUUAAAAAGUGUGGUAUAUAAUUACCAAAAAGUAAAUCAAUUUGCAAUUAUUAUUUUUUUUAAACAGCUUGUCUGUUUAUAGGUUAUUCUAAAUAGUAUUAUUUCCCUUACACAUUAUCAACUGUAGUCACAGUUUGUUAAAAAUGUGUACUGGUUUGGAUUUUUAUGUGGAACUGGUUGAACUAUUCACUGCCUCGUUGUUAUUUUAAUUUAUGACACAUAAAAAGUACAUUUAUUACGUACUAAUAAGUGUCAUAUAUACUCAGUGCAAUAAUUUACUCAAUACUAGUAUUUAUAUUUUGUUGAAUAAUAUUGUAAUGUUUACAACUGUUGUUUUUUUAGCUCAUAAUAAUGCAUUUUUAAUUGUUUUUCAAUUUUUAUUGAAACAUUUUUUUUUAAAUUUAAUGAAAAAGCUGCUUUUAUUUUAUGUCUAUUGUUGAUUAGACUGAAACAGUGUAUUACUUUUAAAUACCUGUGAGUGUAGCCGAUAUACACGGGUACUAUUUUAAUUUUUUUGCUGUUAUCCAUUUUAAGGAUUUUGUUUUUGAAUUUGUGUGGAACUCAAAACCAUAUAUAUAUAUACAGUGCAAUAAUUUACACAAAACAAUUAUUCUUAUUUUAAAAUAUUUUGUGUAUGUUUUUUUUUAAUUUUGCAUAUUUUUUUGUGUAUUUUUUUAAAUAUUUUUCAAUGCUUGUUGUUUAAUGGAAUAAAUUUUCUUUCAAUUUAAUGCCAUUAUUGUAUAAGCUAAAUGUGAUUUGUAUAUAUAGGGUUGACAGUGAACAUGACUGGACUUGGGGUAGAUUAUGGCAGAGACAGUUGAUUAUGGAGGCUUUAGAUAGAUUAUGGCAGAGAUAGUUGAUUAUGGAGGCUUUAGAUAGAUUAUGGCAGAGAUAGUUGAUUAUGGAGGCUUUAGAUAGAUUAUAGCAAUGACAGUUGAUUAUGGAGACUUUAGAUAAAUUAUGGCAAGGACAGUUGAUUAUGGAGGCUUUAGAUAGAUUAUGGCAAGGACAGUUGAUUAUGGAGGCUUUAGAUAGAUUAUGGCCGAGACUGUUGAUUAUGGAAACUUUAGAUAGAUUAAGGCAGAGACAGUUAAUUAUGGAUCUUUUAGGAUUGGUUAAAAAUUGUGGAAGGCAGUAGGAAUAGGCUACAGAUUAUUUAGUGUUUGAUGUGUUUGUUCGAUAAAAUAUGUGUAGUGCGACAGAUUUAUGCUUUUAAAGCAGAAUGACGUAGUAGACAGGACAAUGACUUGGUAGUAUUUUAGUUUAGAUGGUAGAAGAAUAUGGCAUAUAGCUGUAACUUAGAUGACUAUUGCCAAUAAAUGUUUUGUAUGGAAAUAUAGCUGUGAUUAAGAUCUAUGUUACCAAUAAAUGUUGUG